UAAGAAGAGUUUGUAGUAGUAAAGGAUGUAGUGCUGGUAUUGAUAAAUAAUGUUCAUGUACGUACAUACGUAUAUAGUGUUCCGACAUUUGCUAUUUUUUUUUUAUAAAAAAAUAGAAUAAAAUACUUGUCCUUUAAUUGGAUGGCAAUGCGAAAUUUUGAUAAUUCAAGCCAUUUACGGUACAGUGAAUGUAUCGCCUAUAUUUCGAAUUGUUUUCACGAGGACACGUUUGAUAGACCUGAACGUCAUACAUGUCAAAAUGGCCCGGGAAUAUGACCAUUUAUUUAAGCUUCUAAUAAUAGGAGAUAGCGGAGUAGGGAAAAGUUCUCUGCUGUUACGAUUUGCUGAUAAUACUUUUAAUGGCAGUUACAUAACGACAAUAGGAGUGGAUUUUAAAAUUCAAACUGUGGAUGUAGAUGGUGAGAGAGUAAAGCUCCAAAUUUGGGAUACAGCUGGACAAGAACGUUUUCGGACAAUAACUUCAACUUACUACAGGGGAACACAUGGUGUUAUAGUUGUGUAUGAUGUGACCAGUGGUGACUCUUUUGCUAAUGUUAAAAGAUGGUUGCAUGAAAUCGAACAAAAUUGUGAUGUGGUCAACAGGGUACUUGUAGGAAAUAAGAAUGAUGCACCUAAUGAAAAGGUUGUAUUAACAGAAGAUGCACAAAGAUUUGCUAAUCAAAUGGGAAUUCAGUUAUUUGAAACUUCCGCUAAAGAUAAUAUUAAUGUGCAAGAAAUGUUUAUGGCUAUAACACGGCAAGUAUUAAGAACCAAAAAAGAAAGGAAGGAACGACAAGCUAUACAAACCAGUGAAACAGUCAAUUUAAGAAAAAGCACAAAACAGCAUAAAAAAAAAUGUUGUUAACAUCAUUGUACAAGCAUGCAAUCUGUUGUUAAUAUCAUUUAAAGUAACAAAAAUGAAGAAAAACUAAAACAGAGAGCAUGCAAUAGCAACAGAAUGAUCAUAUAAUGUAAUACCAACAUUUUUUAAAGCUAUUAAGUUUUGUAUCUAAAUUACAACAUCGAAGAUUGUAUUCUCAUAGAAAUAUACUUUGAUGCUAGUAAUGUUCAAUAUACAUAGGAUGCAAAUGUUAUGAGUGUGUAGUGUUUAUUUAGCAAAAGUAACUUUGUAAGUAACACACUUUUCAAUAAGCUACAUAUUUUGAAUGUGGCAUUGAAAACAUAAAGGCCUAUUUAUAUUGUACAAUUUACAAUUUACAAAAAAUCAGCACAACAAAAGAAACAAGUGAAAUUAUAUAUAUAUAUAUAUAUAUAUAUAUAUAUAUAUAUAUAUAUAUAUAGCUGCUUCUUAUCCAUUCUUUUCAUUGCGAAAUAUUAUUUAUAAAAAAAGUGGUAUAAAGUAGAAGAUAAAGAAAUAUAUUGUACAAAGCUCAAUCUAAAUUUACUGAAUAAAAUAAAAAACACUAUAUACAUGAGAUUUGGAUGCUUAUGGAUAAAUUUUUCUUUAUAAGUUACCAUAAUGUGAAUUCAAUAUAGGGGAUACAUAAUAUUUAAUAAAUAGACGAUCUAUCUUCAACAACAGGUUCAAACAGUUGUGCACAUUUAUUGUGCAAAGUUCCUGUAGCUUGAUGACACUUAAGAAUGGACUUUACAAAUCAAA